AUGUUGAAGAGAUUCUUGAAGUGCUUCAACCUCAAACCAACAACUUCAGUGUCUGUCACUGAGAGGAUAUACAGAUGGGAUGCUAAGAGACUUAACUUCUCUACUCUUGACAUUUAUGGCCUUUCCAUAUUUGAGCAGCUCCCAGAUGAAGUAUUACAUGGAUUACGCUCUCUUAAGAAAUUGAGUAUUGUGAGGUGCGAAAAGUUCAAGCUAUCAGAAAGUUUUCAAUACCUCACUUGUCUUGAGAAAUUGAUAAUCCAAAGCUGCUCAAAAAUAGAGGGUUUGCACGAGGCAUUACAACAUAUGAUUGCUCUUCAAUCUUUGUCAUUGAGUGAUCUUCCAAACCUGGCAUCCUUACCUAAUGACUUGUUAGGAAACCUAGGCUUGCUUCAAGAAUUAGAGAUUUCUAAUUGUCCAAAGCUGGUGUGUCUUCCCAUGAGCAUUCAACACCUUACUAGUCUGAAACAAUUGGGAAUCUCCGAUUGUAGUGAGUUAGGGAAACGAUGUAAAGAGAACACGGGUGAGGAUUGGCACAAAAUAGCUCACAUUCAACACAUUCAAGUAAAAAACCAAAGUCAUGAAGCUAGAGUGAUCUUCAGAGCAGGAUAA